CGGGACGAAGGAAGAGGAUGUGUUGAAAGGCAGGAGGAGGAUUCGAAAGCGAGGGGGGGGGCAACACAAACAAGAGAGCUGUGACUGAUUGUGUGUGUAGUGGAGGAGAGCAUAUUUUACAGAGCAGGACCGCGCCGUAUGUUGCUGGGAACUGGAAACAUUUCUUGCCUGGAUGGACUGUUAGCAUCUUUUGAUGCUGUCCAUGGAUCAUUAGAGAAGCGCUGACAAUGAGAUUCGCCUGGAAAGAUAAAAUGAGCUCGGUGCAGGACCGGGGGGAGGAAGUGGAGGAGGGGGCCAUAUACAAUGUGACACUGAAGAGGUGCCAGAUCCAGCAGGCUGCCAACAAGGGAGCAAGAUGGCUGGGGGCGGAGGGGGACUGGCUGCCUCCCGGCCACACUGUGAGCCAGUUGGAAACCUAUAAGAUCCGGAGUAUCCGGGCGGGAACGCUGGAGCGUCUGGUGGAGACCCUGCUGACUGCGUUUGGGGACAAUGACCUCACCUACACCAACAUCUUCCUGUCCACAUACCGCGCCUUCGCCAGCACGCACACCGUGCUGCAGUUGCUGCUAGACAAGUAUGGAAUUCCAGAGGAUCGAGAAGGACAGAUUGAGCGAUGUAGACCCUUUGAAACCAAAGGUGCCGUUCGAACUGCCCUGGCCUCCAUCCUGCGAGUCUGGCUGGACCAGUGUCCAGAGGACUUCCAGGAGCCUCCAUCCUACCCCUGCCUCCACAGGGUGAUGGCCUACCUACAGAGGGCCCUGCCUGGAUCAGAGCCCAUGCGUAAAGCCCAGAGUCUACUGGAGCAGCUGAAGGCUGAGGCCAGUCUGGAUGUAGACUCAGAGGGUUUUUCUGGUGGUUUCCACAGCAACAGCUCAUUCUGCUUGGCUGAGGAUGAGGGAGUAGAGAUUGAGGUCCAGGACGGCUUCCUGUCAUUUGAUGCAGACUUGGUAGCCAACCAGCUGACCUAUAUGGAUGCGUUGUUGUUCAAGAAGGUGAUUCCUCACCACUGCCUGGGCUCCAUCUGGUCCCAGAGGGAUAAGAAACAGAACAAGCACAGUGCUCCCACCAUCCGUGCCACCAUCACCCAGUUCAACGCUGUGGCAGCGUGUGUGGUCAGCACCAUAUUGCACCGACGCCAGAUCCGCCCACACCUCAGGGCACGGGUCAUCAAGCGCUGGAUAGACAUCGCUCAGGAGUGUCGCAUGCUUAAGAACUUCUCGUCGCUGCGUGCCAUUGUGUCUGCACUGCAGUCCAACCCACUCUACAGACUGAAGAGGGCCUGGUCCUGGGUGCCCAAAGACAGCAUGUCUACAUUUGAGGAGCUAUCAGACAUCUUCUCAGAUCACAACAAUUACCUGACCAGCCGAGAGCUGCUGAUGAGGGAGGGCACAUCUAAAUUUGCUAAUCUGGAAGGCUGUGCAAAGGAGCACCAGAAGCACACUCACAAACGACUCCAGCUGCAGAAGGAAAUGGGUGCCAUGCAGGGGACGAUACCUUACCUGGGCACCUUCCUAACAGACCUGACCAUGUUAGAUGCUGCCCGGUCAGACCUAGUAGAGGGGGGGCUAAUCAACUUUGAGAAGAGGCGAAGGGAGUUUGAGGUGAUAGCUCAGAUCAAGCUGCUGCAGUCUGCGUGUAACAGCUACUGUCUUAGUGCUGAUGAUGCCUUCCUGCGCUGGUUCAAGAACCAGCCCCAACACAGUGAGGAGGAGAGCCAUGCUAUGUCUUGUGACAUUGAAGGAGUGGGAGACAGUAGUCCAACCUUACCCAAACUUCGCAAGAGCAUGGUUAAGAGAUUCAGCCUACUGUUCCAAGGAGCAGACUCAGCAGGCUGUUACCCAGUGAGGGAAACACCUCGGUCGCCCCCUACUGGCAGCUCAGGGGAGAGCAUGGACUCAGUCAGUGUGUCAUCCAGUGACUCCAGCCCUUCAGACAGCGAGGGCCUAGGCAUGACACCUAUACACACUUCAGAUGCACAGCAGAACAAGGUGUCAGAGUCUUGCUAUUGCAUUUCUCUCCACACCAUGGACACUACCUUGUCCUCAGCCAGUGUUCCUGUGACCCCGGCCUCACCCUUCCUCCCUGGCCCACCCUGCAUGCACCGUCGCUUGGACUCCCUGACGCCCAUGUCCCCCUCCUCUCCCCUGCCCCCUGCCUACAACACCCAGGCUCAGGACACCUGCAUCAUCAGACUCAGCCUGGAGCAGGGCAACGGCAACCUCUACAAGAGCAUCAUGUUGACAAGUCAGGAUAAGACUCCAGCAGUGAUCUCUAGAGCCAUGGCCAAACACAACCUGGAGAGUGAGCCUGGGGAGGGAUACGAGCUGGUGCAGGUCAUCUCUGACGAAAGAGAGCUGGUGAUUCCUGACACCGCCAAUGUGUUUUACGCCAUGAACACCUCGGCCAACUUUGACUUCCUGCUGCGUGUACGAGGCACUGCUGGGCGGUCGGUCCAACUGAGGAGUCGCUAUGCCUCCACAUUCCCCCGCACCCAGCAGCGCUCCGGCCUGUCGCUGCGCCUCAGCAAGGUCACCCUGUGACCCCUGGAUAGGGGAACUAUGCCUGGAGGGACCCAUUUUAUUUUUUGUCAUUUAGCAGACACUCUUAUCGAGAGUGACUUACAAUAGUGAGUGCAUACAUUUUCGGACACCCGACUCGAUGGGCUGGGAGUGGUGGUGGGAGACUGAAAAGGACCAGACAUGGGGGAACAAAUUGAAGUCAAUGAGUUUAGACUCUGAAUUCCCUAUUCCCACAUCUCCUUUCCCUAAUCAGACCCCCAUCUCUUAGUGCUCCCUCUCCCAGCAUCCCUUCCUGUAGCAGCCUGUGGCCUUCCCUUUCUGGCACUUCCCCCAAAACCCCUAUGGACUAUUAUGGUUGUGUAGUGGGACAGUGGUGCCAUGUCUGUGGUAGAGCGAGACAGUCGUCGUCCCCCCUCUCCACAUGAAGAGGUUUUGCACAGGUAGGAAGAGUGACUCCAUCCCCCAUCAGUAUUCAGCUUUUUUAUCGACUCUUUUCUUUCCUGUGGAGCCUGUAUGUUUCCUAUUAUAGGGAGAUGGGAGCCUGGACAGAGAGCGAGACUGAGAUGUCCUGUUGCCUUUUUUAAUGGUGGUGAAUGAUCGGCUCCUGUGUCAGUGUUAAUCUGUGUGAUUGAUUGACAGGAACUGUGUGAUGUCUUCUUUGAUUCCAUAAUUUCACAGUGUGCACUGUGUGUACCACGCGGGACUGCACCUCUCAUUGUUAGCUGUAUGAUGAAUGCCAAUAUAGAGGCAUUCUGAUAGGUUACUACUUGGUUUUAACAAGUUUUUGUCCUUUUGAUAUUAUUUAGCUGUCCUAUCUCACCUUUAGGGUGUAGUGACACAUAGGAUGGGUCUCUGUGAGGCCCGGAUUGCGCUGCCUGAUGCAUUGAUUAGCAGUCCUAAUAGAGAUGCACUUGUUAGUGGCUAGGUGAUGUCAGGAGGUGGGAAGUAAGUGGAAUGAGUGACAUUAUCAUUUGAGUCAUUUAGUAGAUGCUCUUAUCCAGAGAAAUGUACAGUUAGUGCAUUCAUCUUAAGAUAGCUAGGUGGGACAACCACAUAUCUCAGUCAUAGUUACUUUAUACAGGAAAAAUGUAUUUACUAUCAGAAAAGUCAGAGCAAGUGGGGGGGAGUGUUAGUUUAUGAAAGGUAAUAUAUUGUGGGGGAGGGGGAUUAUUUAAGAUACUCUUUGAAGAGGUAGGGUUUCAGAUGUUUUUGGAAGAUGGGCAUGGACUCUGCUGUCCUAGCUUCAGGAGGAAGCUGGUUCCACCAUUGGGGUGCCAGGACAGAGAAGAUCUUGGACUGGAAUGAACAGGAGCUGCCCUCCCGUAGGGGUGGGAGGGCCAAGAGACCAGAGGUGGCAGAACAGAGUACUUGGAUUGGGGUGUAGGUUUUAAGCAGAGCCUGAAGGUAUGGCGGGGUAGUUCCUCUUGCUGCUCCGUAGGAAGGUAUCAUGGUCUUGUAGUGGAUGCGAGCUUUGACUGGCAGCUAAUGGAGCAUGCGGAAAUGGGAGGAUUGAACACCAGGCAGGCUGCAGGAUUCUGGAUAAGUUGCAGGGGUUUGAUGACACAAGCAGGGAUCCCAGCCAACAGCGAGAUGCAGUAGUUCUGACGGGACAUGACAAGUGCCUGGAUUAGGACCUGCACCACUUCCUGUGUGAGGUAGGGUCGUACUCUACGGAUGUUGUAGAGCUUGAACCUGCACGAGCAAGUCACUGUUUCGAUGUUUGCAGAGAAUGACAGAGUGUUGUCCAGGGUCACGCCAAGGUUCUUUGCACUUUGGGAGGGGGACACCAUGGAGUUGUCAACUGUGAUAGAGAGGUCUUGGAGCAGGCAGGCCUUCUCUGGGAGGAAGAGCAGCUCUGUCUUGUCGAGCUUGAGGUGGUGGUCUGACGUCGAUGCUGAGAUAUCUUCCAGGCACGCAGAGAUGCGUGUCGCCACAUGGGUGUCAGAAGGGGGAAGUAGAAAAUUGUUGAGUGUCAUCCGCAUAGCAAUGAUAGGAGAGACCAUGUGAGGAUAUGACAGAGCCGAGUGGCCUAGAACCGAGCCCUGGGGGACACCAGUAGUGAGAUUACGUGGUGCAGACACAGAUCCUCUCCACACCACCUGGUAGGAGCGACCUGCCAGGUAGGACGCAAUCCAGGAGUGUGCAGAGCCUGAGAUGCCCAGCCGUGAGAUGGUGGAGAGGAUGAUCUGAUGUUUCACGGUGUCUAAGGCAGCGAAUAGAUCUAGGAGGAUGAGAACUGAGAGAGUCAGCGUUGGCAGUGCGGCAAGCCUCCAUAACACAGAGGAGAACAUUCUCGGUGGCGUGACCAGUCUUGAAGCCUGACUGGUUGGUUCAAUAAGAUCGUUCUGAGAGAGAUAGCGAGAGAGUUGGUCAGAGACGGCACGCUCAAUUGUUUUAGAAAUAAAAAAAGAACGGAUACCGGGAAAAAAUGUACAUAGUGUUGGUUUCUAGAGGAGGGUUGCGACUCUGGCCAUUUUGAAGUCAGAGGGGAAUACAGCCAGUGGUCAGGGAUGAGUUGAUAAUUGAAGUGAGGAAUAGAAAUUGUCUGGAGAAAGGUGGUGGUGAUGGGGACGAGUGGGUAGAUUGUCGGGCUGCCGGACCUCACUAGUCUCAGGAUUUCAUCUGGAGAGAGAGGGGAGAAAAAGGUCAAGGCGUAGGGUAGUUAUGUGUGAGUGGGACCAGUGGACUGGUGGCUGAAUGAAUGAGGAGCGGAUGUCGUCAAUCUUCUUUUCAAAGUGGUUGACAAAGUCGUCCGCAAAAAUGGAGGGAUUGAGGGAGAAGGUGGAAAAGGAGUUUCCUAGGGUUAGAGGCAGAAACUUUACAUUUUGAGUGAUAUAAAGUGGCUUUAGCAGCGGAUACAGAGGAAGAGGAGGGAGUGAAAGGAUGAUAGGUCCUCCGGAAGUUUAGUUUUCCUCCAUUUUUGCUCAGCUGCCCGCAGCCCUGUUCUGUAAGCUUGCAAUAAGUCACUCAGCCACGGAGCAGGAGAGGAAGGCCGAGCCGGCCGGGAGAAAAGUGGACAGCGCAAGUCAUAGGAUGUGAAGAGAAUAGGGUCGAAGAGUAGAAGGGAGAAUUUAUAGGAUAGAAGAGAAGAGAGAGUGAAGAUUGAGAUGGCACAUUAGCAUCUGGGUAGGGGGAUGAGUGGGUAGGGUUGGAGGAGAGGGAGACAGAAAAGGAAACACAGUAGUGAUCAGACCUGGAGGGAGGGUUGCUGUGAGAUUAGUAGGCGAACAGCCAUCUGCAAACAGUCAUCUGCUCCUCUCCUUUUCACCGCUGAACAAAGUUAAGUUUUGUUUUGUUUCUCUUCUAUGUGUUUUUUUAAGAGGAAAACUUGAAGAGGGUGAUGGAAGACAAUGUUUUUAAAUAUGUGAAUUCAGAUGUCAGAAAAAAGCCAGUGCCAGAUUUGCUGUGAUGCAUUUGGAAUCGUGACAGAGGGACAGACUCUCCCACUCUUAAUGCUCAGUGUUUGCACAUUACAUUCAUGAGUACUGGGGCUUAUUCAGGACGUGCAGCGUUAAGGUCUAUCCAUAGAUCACUCUAUCAUUUAUUGUGUGUGUACUCUUGGGUGGAGUCAGAUUUUCUGGAGCAACACGCACCUUUUGGUAACAUGAUACCCUCGCCGGUCCAUGUGUUCCUAGACCCGCGAAUAGCAACAUUCACAAGUGUGCGAUAGAAGAUAUUGUCUUGUCGUCUUCCCAUUUGUAGUAAAGCAAAGAAGAAUCACGUUGAAAACAUCACCACUGAGUUAAUAAGAAAAAAGAAAAACUGCAUAUUUGAAAAAUAGCUACACGUAAUGAAAGUUUCGGUUCAUAUUUACAUUACUUCAUUUUGUGCCUGCUAGUUGGUUGUCUAAAAACAGCAAGCAAGCUAGCCUUUUAGCUUCCCACAUCUUCCCCAUGUGAAAUAAUCUGAUUUGUAAUUAAAUAAUGAGGGGGUUUUUCUGGAUCAAAAAGGGGCUUAGGGCCUCCCGAGUGGCGCAGUGGUCUAAAGCACUGCAUCGCAGUGCUAGAGGCAUUACUACAGAUCCGGGUUCAUUCCCUGGCUGUGCCACAACUGGCCGGGACCGGUAGUCCCAUAGGACGGUGCACAAUUGGCCCAGCGUCGUCCGGGUUAAGCGAGGGUUUGGCCGGGGGGGGCUUUACAUGGCUCAUCACGCCCUAGCGGCACCUUGUGGCGGGCCUGCAGGCUGACCCCGGUCGCCAUUUGAAUGGUGUUUCCUCCGACACAUUGGUGCGGCUGGCUUCCGGGUUAAGCUGGCGGGUGUUAAGGAGUGCGGCUAGGCGGGUCAUGUUUCAGAGGACACAUGACUCCACCUUCGCCUCUCCCGAGCCCGGUGGGGAGUUGCAGCGAUGAGACAAGAUCAAAAUUGGGGAGAGUAAGGGGGUAGUAAAAAUGUUUUUACGAAAUCUAUUAAAAAAAGGGGGCAUUAGGUGGUGGAUGUGGCUGUGGGCGCUUUCGGCCUGUCGACGUGGCUGAAUGUGGUCGGGGCCCUGAGCAAGAACAUUUUAGAGCCUUCUUCUUGGCAGCGGAAUGUUGCUAUUUUAAAGUACAUUUCUUACAAUUCUAGUUACAAAUUCUUCCAUAGAGCUUAGAGAAUGUGCAGUUUAUAAAACAGCAUUUCACCACUUUCAUCACUUUUGUUUUCACAGAUUUAUAGCAGCACUGGUGCUUAUUUCUUGAUAGAUGUCAAGUUAAUUAUUUUGUGAACUUUGUGCCAAAAGAGAAAGAGGAACAAAAUCUAUGUUUCUGGUUCAACCAGUGUGGCGCAAGAAAUAAUACGUUCCAUUUCAAACUUUGAGUGGAGAACAUCUGCGUAGCAACGUAGACAGGCCUACAUACUACACAGAGCCACCCAUUUUGUGACAAAAAAUGACAGUCACGUAUUGCGUUGUACUCCAUUUGCAGGAACUGUAAAGUGUGCCGAGCCUCUUACAGGGUGUUCAGUUGGAAAUGUACUGUGCAGAACAGACUGUCAUUCAGAAUAGGCAUGUCCGUUCUUACAUGACUUUUCUAUCUACAACAUUCUGAACAGCCAGCUCCCUGUGCACCGAGCCUCACCCAAACACUCACCACCAAUAGUUUGAGUCACAGACGAUAUGAAUGACAUUUUCACACUAGCCCACACUGAGACGAAUUCAGUUCCUCCUGUGUCUAGGCAUCUACACACCGACACUCACACCCCUUUUUAACGGAAUCCCACAGAUACCGGCUCCCACACACUGCCUAACCAGCAUUAACACCUCCACCCCACCUGUCUAACCCCCACAGUGAAGCCAGUCCCUACCAUAUACACUCCUACGUUUCAUACCUAUUCUCUCCAUCACACUGGUAAUUACUAUAACGCUCAUUCUCUAAUACUGACAUUCUGGCCAUCUCACUGAGCAGUGUACUGGUCUGUUUUUGGUCAUUCAGUACUAAAUGCUGGGCAAGAUGUACUAUGGUUGAUUCUCAUGCAACACUUGUGAAUUUUCUCUCAUGAACUCAGUUUCUGUGCGUCUUCACUGCCAAAAUUCUCUACCUAAAUAAAUGAUCAUUACUAUGA